AUGAAGGUCGUAUUAUCCAUCCUUACCACAGCGGCGGUCGCCAAUGCCCACUUUACCAUGCAGUAUAUGUGGAUCAACGGCGUUGACCAAGGCCUGAACAAUUCAUCUGCGCGUUCCUCCAAGCAACAACCCAGUGACGGACGUGACGUCCACCGACCUCACUUGCAACGUGAACUGGACUUUCUGGCGCGGGUGUUGCAACUGCAACUAUUGCCGCAGGUACAAACAUCACGUAUACUUGAGUGGCACCAGCACGCCCAGCGAACAGGUGAACCUGCCAUCUCCGGGGGACACAAGGGACCGGUGCAAGUCUAUAUUGCCCCUGCGGGCCCUGUGGGUUCAGCCUCGUCCUUCAACGGACAAGGAUCAGUAUGGACUAAGAUUUACUCGUCUGGUCUCGUGGACCCUGCGACACAAGAAUGGGCGAGUGAUGUCGUUAACGCUAAUAACGGCAAACACAGUGUUAUCAUCCCACCGUCCCUUCCUUCUGGAGAUUAUCUCAUUCGAGGAGAGAUCAUUGCACUACACGUCGCUGAGACCUACCCCGGAGCACAGUUCUAUAUCGGGUGCGCUCAAGUAACGAUCACGGGUGGUGGGAACGCGAAGCCGCCAACUAUCGCCCUUCCGGGAGCUUACAAGGGGUCUGACCCUGGUAUCACGGUGCGUAUCAAUUGUAGACAUCGACCCCUUAUGCGGUACUAA